UCGAAGGGGUUUUGUUGGAGCAGACGAGGGCGCGAAAUAGAGAAUUGAGAUGGAGAAAGCUAUGGCGACCUUCGACAAAGGCACGGUUUGUUCGGCUUGGAACUACUCCGCCAGCAGAUUAGUCACCGGUUCGGCGGACGGAACCGUCGUCAUCUUCGAUUCUCUCGACCCUUCUUCCUCAUCCACAUCCUUAACUCGCACUUCAAACUUCAAGGUUCAUGAGGCUGCAAUAUUUAAGAUUGUUUGGGUCCCUCCAGAGUAUGGUGAUUCUAUUGCAUGCAUUUGUUCAGAUGGAAGUUCGUCAUUGUGGGAGGAGGUUGUUGAAGAUGCCCAGCCUCUGCAGUGGAAGCUAUCCAAACACUUCAAAAGUAAUUCAUCUCAAAUCCUAGACAUCCAAUUUGGAAAUUCCUCUUCUGGUCUGAAAAUGAUUGCGGCAUUUUCUGAUGGCAAUGUAAAAGUUUAUGAGCUUAUGGAUCCUUUGGAUUUGAAGAGUUGGCAACUUCAGGCUGAAUUUCAGAAUGUCAUUGAUUCCAUUUCUACAGUCAGGAAAGCAGCGUGCUUGUCUGCAAGUAUAUCUUGGAAUCCAAAUCGUGGUGAAAGACAGCAAUCAAGUUUUGUUUUGGCUUUUCAUUCGGAUACACCACAGCUUGAUUCUGCCAAGGUUUGGGAAUUUGAUCAGGCUCAUCAAAGAUGGCUUCCUGUUGCAGAGUUGGCUUUGGAAGCAGACAAAGGUGAUGGGGUUUAUGCUGUUGCGUGGGCACAAAAUAUUGGAAGGCCAUAUGAGGUAAUAGCUGUUGCAACCCAGAAAGGAAUUGCAAUAUGGCGCCUUGGAUUAAACCCGGAUUCAGAUGGAAGGCUCUCAACAGAACGAGUUGCUCUGCUUUCUGGGCAUAACGGCGAGGUGUGGGACAUGGAGUGGGACAUGGGUGGUAUGACAUUAGCAUCAACAGGAAAGGAUGGGAUGGUCCGGUUAUGGCAAUCCAACCUCAAUGGUGUUUGGCACCAACAUGCUGCAUUUGAGCCCACUUCUUAACCUUGAAAACGUUUUGUUUCUCUAUGAUGUAACCGCUUCCUGUAUUCGUUGUUAGGAAGAAUUUUCAAAUAACUUAUCUGUCUUGCUGAGUGGGGUGCUUAGAUUAGUGAUGUCUUACUGGAGACCUAUCUUUUAUUUUAACAAAUUUCUCUUGCUGAGUUGUGA